CGUAACAGACAGAUUUACUUUCUGACAGCAACUUUUUACAGAAAACCAUUAUUGAAUACACAUUUGAAAUAGUUACUAUCCCCAGUUCCACACAAAUCAAAUACUUAACAAUAAAAAUCAAAUACCGUGGCUUACAUUAAUUAUUUUGCCGCCAGAACUAUACAAAUGGCGGUUAGGCAGAUGAUAUUAUAUAUUUUUGCGGCAUUUUUUUUUAAUGAAAUGGAAUACACUUUAGCAAUGGAAUUCAAUCUGCCGAAAAUAGAUGGGAAUUUAACAAUGCGGUCUCAUUUAGAACAUGAAAAUAUACAAAAUCAUUGCAAACGUAGGAACGAAACGUGUACUUCGAAUGAAACGAAUAUUUGUGCGGUAAAAGUCGUAAAUAAUGAGAGAUUUUACAAAGAUUUUUUAAAUAGUUGUUUUUUAUUUAUGAGUAAUAUGUGUGAUCAUCCAGAAGAAGAAUACUUCAUAAUAUCGAGUGGUUCUUGCAAAGAAUUCUUCGCAACAAAGCCUUUGGAUGAAGACGAAGGUACAACUGUAAAUGCAAGGCAAUCGACAACUCCUGGUAUAAAUGGGGCUUCUGAAAAUUUCGGACCGACUGUGACUGAAACUAAGGGUACUACGGAGGGACCUGGAGAUAAAGGAACAGUUAAAAAAGGAUAUAAUAGUGCCACACGAACAAGUAGUACAGCACGUAUUCUCCGAAUGUUUGCAUCAAGACGUUUGGAAGACGACGAAACAGCAACAGAAGCAGGAGAAACGACAACUGAUGGAGAAGAGGCCACCGUUAAUAAUGAGGAGGUUACUGAAACUGAGAGUGCUGCAACGACCGCAGAUGAUGGAACGACUAAAAAAGCACAUGAGAACACCACACGGCGACAUGGAACAGGCCCGGCUCUACGAGCAUUCUCCUACAGUCGUCUUUAUGAAGUAGAGUAUUCUCAUGACGGGCACGUUUGCCCACAUUCUUGUACUUCCCAUUAUUUGCCAGUAUGUGUAAACGUUAAUAAAUGGGAAGGCAAACACUUCAGAUUGUACCUCUUCUUAAACCACUGUAUUUCAGAUAAAUAUUAUUGCAUGCAUUGGAGAGAUUUUCAGCCGAUAAAAAGUCCGACAACUACCGUUGCCGAUGAGGACGAGGAUUCCCACAUCGUUAUGUCACACUUAGGGUGGUCUUUCUGUGGAUCUCAUAGGUAUAUCCAGUUCGCUCGUUUCUCUGAAGUCUUAUCAACUAUGAACAGCUACGGUUGGCUUUCAGGCAACUACAGAUAUUCACAAAUUCUGAGACCGGGACAGAUAAAGCCUGGUUUUGGAUAAGAUACCGUUUAAAUAAUUAUGCUGUAUCAUAAAUACUUAUGCUCCAUUUGUUAAAGUAAUAAAAAAUCUUAUUUUAAAAGAAUCUAGGUAUCUUGGUUUGUCUU